CCUUCAUCUAUUUACCACCACAAACAAUUCCGAACACCCCCCCGCCUCCACAAAAAUGGGCCGCCAACUCCAAAAGAAGAAAAACAGAAGCUCAAUACCGAAGCAAUCCAAGCACAAAAACCCUCGCAUCUUCAAGGUCCAUCCAACCGGGAACGCCCUCAUAGCUGCAAACUGGGAUCGUAAGCAAACGCUCUCGCAGAAUUACCGAAGAUUGGGAUUAGUUUCUAGGCUGGGGAAGGCUACUGGGGGUGUUGAGAAGGGUUUCGCUUCUUCUGCUGCUGCCCAGCAGCAGCAGAAGGAAAGGGUGAAGAAGCUGGCGCCCGGCGAAGCGCGUAUCGUCCGUGAUGAGGAGGGGAAUGUUAUUCAAGUCAUUUACGGCAAGUCUGCUGAGGAGGCGCUGGACUCCGACUCUGAAGAGUUCACGGGGUGUGCUGGAGGGGGUGGUGAAGAAAUGGAUUUUGUCAAAAAGUUGGAAGCCCAGGCUACCGUCGGCGAGAGGAAGAGUAGGAAGAUUUUGUGCCCUGGGGAGAUGGAUUGGAUUUCCAGGCUUGUGGAAAAGUAUGGGGAGGAGGAUUGCGAGAGGAUGGUCAGGGAUCGGAAGAUGAAUGUGUACCAGCAAACGCUCGGGGAUAUUAGACGGAGAGUUGCGAUUUGGAAGAGGCAGAGGGCGGAGGAGGAGAAGGGCAAGAAGAGAGAGGAGGUUUGCACUUGAUUGGUUGGUUGCGCGGGGGGGGGGAGAAUGUAAUGUUUAUGCAUACCGGCGUUUUUGUUUCGGAAUUG